AUGGAGGGAGUUCUGGUGUGUUACGAGGUCUGCGCAGAAGCCGACAGCCAUCGCUUCGACCGAAGCUGGGGUGUGAGCGGUGGACCAACAGCCUCAGAGCUGCACCAAGGCAUGCUCGAACUCGCUGCGCUCAAUAUCAUCUGUAAUCGACAUCGCCUUCCCCACACCAGCACGAAAGUUCCCCACACCAGUACAAACCAGUGGGCGAGGAGAUCCUGGGGCGCUGGGCUUGUAUCGGCGAAGAUUGUGGAUCCGUCGGAGUUCAGGAUCGAGGGUCUUUCCCGCGUAACGGACCACAUGUGGACGCCAGGAGGGUGGGCAGGCACACUAUUCACUGUGCUGCAUCUGAGCCGCCUACUGUAUGGAGAUCGGACUUCCGCCUUGGAGAUCUGGACUUGCGGCAAGUGCGCAAUGGGCAAGCAAUGGGUAGGUGGCCUCCACAUGGUGAAUGUCGGCGCGGGAGAUGACGCCGCGCUCGGAGGGACGUAUUCGCAUCUCUUAGCUACAGGCUUCCGAGACUCUGGUACGCUAGGCCAUGGUUGA